AUGAAGUCGAAGGCUGUGGUUUUGGUUCGGGUCAUCCUCCUUUGUGCACUGGCAGCCAUUAACAGCGAGGAGUGGCCGGGAUUUAGUCCACUGGUGACCAAAGAGAGCAGGAGGACCUUGACGUUGACCGAGUCCGGCGGAAUCACGGCCGUCGACGUUCAUGUUGGUUGCAGGGGCUCCUACCACCUACAGUUCAUCAGCAUGGAGCCCGGCUCACUGUUCCUGCCGGUGCUGCUCCACACUGACAUGCUGUUCUACGUGCACACUGGUAGGGGAACAGUGACUUAUAUUGGCGAGGAUGAAACAGAUGAGAUCGAUGUGGUUCGUGGUGACGUUUAUAGACUACAACAAGGUACCGCCUUCUAUGUUCGAAGCCAUCCUGAUCCGACGAGAGAAAAGCUCAGAGUUCAUGCCAUCUUCGACAAAACAGACAUCGAGGAUCCCUUGGGGUUUUCUGUAUCGGCUUACUCAAAUCUUAGUGACAUGGUUCGAGGGUUCGAUGAGAAGGUUCUGCAGAGUGGUUUUGGGGUUUCGGAGGAAACAAUCCGAGGUCUCAAAUGGGUUCCGACGCCUCCUUCUAUUGUGCCUACGACACGCGGAAAUGAGACAGAGAAGCCGAAUUGGAAGGAAGGAAUAGUGGAGGCUGUGUUGGGCGUUGGUGGGCCGACUGAUGUCAUGAACAAGAAGACCACCAAAACGAAGACGUACAACUUCUUCGAGGCCAAACCAGAUGUGGCGAACCGGAAUGGGUGGAGCACUGCCGUGACUCGUGAGGACCUUCGAGCUCUCGAGGGCUCCAACUUAGCGCCGUUCAUGGUGAACCUGUCGAGGGGAUCUAUGAUGGGGCCUCACUGGAACCCCAGGGCAACGGAGAUCGCCGUCGUGAUACAAGGGCAAGGCAUGGUGCAAAUGGUUUGCCCGAGUGAUCCAUCGGGCAAGGUUGACGACGACAUCGCAUGCCGGAACACGAAGUUUAAGGUCGAGGAAGGGGACGCCUUCGUGGUGCCGAGGUUCCAUCCGAUGACGCAGGUGUCCUACAACAACGACACCUUCGUCUUCGUCGGGUUCAGCAGCACGGCGGGCAACAACCAUCCACAGUUCUUGGCAGGGAGGAGUUCGGUGCUGCAAGCGCUGGAUCGGGACGUGGUGGCUGCGUCCUUUAAUGCGCCUAAUGCAAGUACCAUCGAGGGUUUGUUGGCUUCUCAGGGCGAGUCGAUAAUAUUAGCAUGCACGUCGUGUGCGGAGGAGUUGGAGAGGACAAUGGAGGAGGAUAUCGAGAGGCGGAAAAGAGAAGAAGAGGAAGCCAAGAAGAGAGAGGCGGCGGCCACCAAAAGAGAGGAAGAGGAAGUAAAGUAG